CUUUUAGCACCUUUUAGUUCAUUUUGCACUCGAAAUUUAAAUUGGUCUUGUAUUAUAUCAUACUAAUUUUAUUACAACACAAAAAUGAAUCAUUCCAAAGAACUAAAGGCUGAAGUUUUGGAGAUACUUGCUAGCGAACUCAGCAGCCUGCAGCCGUCAGCACGAGUGUAUUCGCAGCGGGGAAAGACACCAAUAUUCUUUCUCACCACGCAUAAGAAGGCGCUCAAGAAGGUGCAGCAAGAAAUUAAAACUCUCAACAGUACUUUGUAAAUGGAAUUUAUAAAUAAAGCUAUAUUAGUCGUGAUAGGAAUAAGCGGAGUUACUAAAACUCUAGUGCUGGCAACGGCACGAUACCUGUGGAAUGGCCCACAGCACUCGGCGUGGAAUUGGAAGACGCAGGUAGGGCGCGAGAUACUUGCGUAUUUGGGCAAGGCAGGGUCUAGCAGACUGGGAAUUGAAAUGCUGGCAGGGUUCAGACAUUCAAUUUCUUUUUACGCUGCUUGCGUUGAAAAGGGGCGUGAUAUUCGAGCCUGCGAGCUGGGAAGCAGCGAAUUGGGCAACGCUGGAGUAUGGGCACACAAGCUGCAAACAGAAGCACGGCGAGCACUUGGCGACGCACACAGAAAGCAGACAAUGCAAGUAAGUGUGCCUAAAGGAGAGCCAAAGCGCAGUGUUGUUUUGUACUUUCACGGCGGUGCCUAUAUUUCGGGCAGCCCACAACUCUACCAGACCUUGCUAAGCAAACUCACCCAAACGACCGGAAUGCUUGUGUGCACGCCCUCGUACCGACUGGCACCGCAAACAAAGUACCCAGGGCAGCUCUACGACGCAUACUGUGCUUAUCAGGAUAUGCUCCAGCAUCACAAUGCCGAAGACAUUCUGCUGGCUGGUGACAGUGCAGGAGGCAACCUGGCGCUGGCACUUUGGCAGCUCACGCGUGCACCUGUCGCUGGCAUCAUUCUCUUCAGUCCACGCACAGACACAAAUAGUCAGCGUGCUAGCUGGCAAAGCAACUUUGCACUGGACAUCUUGCCACUUUACGAUAUCAAUAAUCCACAGUCUUCGCUGUUUCAUUUGCUAGAGGCAGAGGACCGGGUACACGUGGGAGUGCCCCUGCUGGCACCAGUCAACGCUGACAUGGAAGGAUUGCCCAGAGUGCUAGUGCAAGUGGGUUCGGCAGAGGUCAUGCUUGACGAUGUGUGCGAGUUUGCAAGGAAGGCAGGACCAGUCUGUGUGCUGCGUGUAUAUGAGGGCGGCUUUCAUGUAUUUCAAGCUGCCCCCUUUGCCACCGUAUGCUGCCAAGACGCCUGGAACGAUGUGCGGAUUUUUGUCUCUGGACUCGAUUAAAUAUGUCAAUUUAUUAUUUAUAAUUCUAA